GCGUCCAGAGAUCGGAGGCAAGCGUUGAUCUGCUCUUCUUUACAGGGAUCUUGAUGCGUGUACCCGUGCUGAGAACCACCUGCGUAUCUGCGAGGCGCCAGAGAAGCAAGCGGCGAACACUAAGGAGCUAGAGCAAGCAGCACAAGCAAGCCAGUGCGGAGUGGUUCCCGCAUGUGUUCCCCGGUUUGUUGGAAGGACCGCUGUAGCCCACGACGAUGGCUCAAUGCUGUGGUGCUACGGAAGGGUUGCCUCGUUUUGAUUGGGUUGGCAUCCUUGUUGGCCUACUGGAGCCGAAGGGGGACAUUCUCAACGCGAGGUCCAACGGCAGCAGAAAAGACACCAGAGGUCCCGCGAACAGCCGAGGGCCAUGGUGUUGCUGUGGGUGCAUUGACGAACGGAGGGGGAGAGGGCGGGGAUAGGAACGGUGUGGUACCAUCAGACGUAACGGGGGCAUUAGUGGAACUAGAACUGCCGCGACAUUUCGAUGGUGCGCUCGCUUUGAAGUCCGAGAGGAUCGUCUACUGCCCUAUCCAGAAGGUGGCGUGCACAGAGUGGAUCAAGGUGUUCCGCUGGAUCGACGGUCACGAAGACUGGGCGGAGCCAAGACACCAGAAGCACGGCCUCGACGUCUUGGAGGAAAUGGAUGUCGAGCGCGGGAACCAAAUUCUCAACAGCCCGGACUGGCUGAAGUUCGCCGUCGUUCGCGAGCCGGCGCAGCGGCUGCUGUCGUGCUUCCUCCAGAAGUGCAACCGGUAUAACAUGGAGAACGAAUACUCGAAUUGUCCGUAUUUGGAGCUGUGGCCAGACUUGUUCGAUCGCGAGCGCUUCCCGGACGGGGUGCCCACGCGGCCAGGCGUAGACACGCUUGCUAUUGUGUGGGAGGCGUUCACCAGCAGAGGUAGGGACAGCAUGUUCGCCCCGUACGUUGAGGUCAUCACAAGGAGGGUCAAGCAAGAUCCUUGCGGGCAGAACAAGCACUGGUCGCCGCAGUACUGCCACUGCUCGCUGGACGUAACUGCUCCCGUCUUCCGCAUCGUGGGGUGGGCCAACAUGACGGAGGCGGCCUCGGCGGCAAUCGUGCCCUUCGCCUCCUCCUCCGCACGCGGCCUGGAGAUCAAGGAGUUCCUCGUGGACAGGAUGGACACCAACCACGAGAGACACGGGAAGAAGACCAGCGCAGGGAGUCGCUCGCAGGAGGCGUAUACCGCGGAAGCGCUCCAGGCAGUUCAUGAAGCUUACGCCAAAGACUACAAGCUGUUCUCGCAGUAUUGGGUCGAAAAUGAUUGAAAAUUGAGGCGGCGCUGGGGAGGGGGGAGGCAACCUUGUCAUUUGACAGUACCGUGAAGGAUAAUGAUCGAAACGCCACGUUUUGUUGUGAACAUCUCUCAGAUCAGGGUAACGCCAGAAGUCCUUUGUGCUGUCUCUGCAAAGUCUGAAACAAGGUUGAACACCGCUGACGCUGCGCUGUAGGAAUAGGUGUAUUCCUUCGCCCGCGUCGAUUAGGUUGCUCUUUUUGAGGGGGUUGUUUCCCUGAUGAUGAUUUUGUUGAAGCAAUACCGCCUACUGCGAAAGCGCUACGGAGAAGGGUCAACCUUGGGAGGACAUGACUUCCCCGCUCUGACUCAACUACCCCAGAACGUGGGUGGUCGUUUGUAAAUUGCGCAGCGGAAUCCGUGUUGGUGACCGUACAGGAUGUUUUUUCACAGAUCCUGUAAACGAGAUUUGUAACUCCAUGUGUUCUAGAUUUCUUAAGAUUUAAGGAGGCUGUUCUCGGGUAGCGGUGAGUUGAAGCACUAAAUAAAUGCCCCCUCAUGGCGCAGGCAGCACAUGCCUGCGUAUGAGGUAAGUCUCUCCACGUAGUCAAAUUUAUUGGCAGAGCUGUCGGAUGAGUAAGACUGGGCUGGUCGAAGAGUGGUGGGGGAAGGGAGGGCGAUGGCCUUAAACAAGAGGAGUGUGCAUCGUCGAAGGAUGAAAGUUGAUCCAUUUAUGUAUCAUAUGGAUGUUUUUUUCUGUUGUUUGUGCGUUUCGUGAAGGUCAACGUUGCGAGCGGGGCGUGUUAACGGUACGAGGCCAAACCCAUCCGCAGAAGAAAAAUUCGAGAAAAAUUCACUACUACUGUAGCUUGUAGAAGAGCGGGUGUUUCCCUCCAACGGAGCACGAGCACUUGCGUUGUGCACGA